AUGCAGCUGCUUUUGCGUUGCUGGCUUCUUCUCUUAGCCAGGGCUACUGAUGACGAGUGUGCAGAGGAGAGCUGUGCGAUGUCCGCUCUACAAAGGAGGGCAGCGCAGCUUUCAUUUGAUGCCUCCGAUGCCUUGGAAGAGGCCUUCGCGGUGGCCACUUUGAGCACUGGGCCUCCAAGCUUUGCUCUCUGUGGCGGGAAGAGCUACGACAAGUCUCAAGAGAACUGCUGCGGAGGUGAGAUCUACUCCUUGACCUCGCAGGGCUGCUGUGGGAACAGCUCCGUCUACACCUUUGCCAAGCAAGGCUGCUGCAAUGACGAGCAAGUCUUCACCUAUGGUGUUGAGAACUGUGUUCCACACAAGCUGAAGCCGGACUGGGUGAACCCCAAUGUGACCUUCGAGUGUGCAGAAGACUGGCCUCCUGCCAACUACGGCAACUACUGGCUCCGUUACUGUGCAGCAGGUCAACACAUGGCAUGGGCUAUGACGCCCUCCUGCAAGGUAGGCUGGCUCUCUGUGAAGCAGGACAACUUGGAAGAUGCUGAGAAACAGGCAUUGGAUGCUUGCCAAGCAAAGGCUACCGCCUACAACGGUGAGACCUGCUAUGUCUUUGACCGCGAUGGCGGUGGCUGCCGCCGCCAGCGCUGCGGUACAGAGAUGUACGAUGCUUCAGUGUGUCUCGGCUCGGCGCUCUGA